GCCAAAAUGUUGGCACUGCCGCCGCGGUCAUCCAGACUGUGAGCUUCAGCUGCAAGCAUCUUUUCUUUUUGCUGUCUCCCUGUGUCCAGCAGGUCUUGUUCAAAGUCAAAUGUGCGCCGUAAACCAGAGAGCCAGUAAUCGCUGUUGUUUCUAAUUCUGUAUACUCCAUAACUGCAUAUUUCUGCUGUGCAUAGAAAAACUACUGGACGGUGCGAGGGUGAGUGGAGACUCAGAUUCCCAUCGCCCGGUGAAGAACCUGGGCUCGUUACGGACAGACAGAGCUCACUUUUGCGGUCUUGCAGCUAGAAGGCACCAACGGGUGUUAUGUCAGAUUUUGCAAACCCAUAGUAACAUGUAAAGUACUGGACCAAAAGAAUCACUCACCAGCUGCUGAGACGCGCUGUGCAACGCAAUAAUGGCGCUUGUUGCUGUGCAGACUUCAUCGUUUUCCGGGUACAGAGUUAACCCUUUGACUCACUCUAAAGACGUUUUAAAGCAGCAAAUCUUUUAGUAUCGCACAGCUUCUGAGGACAAUCCGUGGAGCACUGCCUGUCUUAGCCGCUAUGAUUGGAUAUAGUGAGGCGGCAGCAGCUUAGGCGCGCCACGUUCAUCCACAAGGUGUCGCUGUGGUCGUGUCACGUCAAAGCGGUGCUGUGUUUUGGUCCGCAGAGGGAGCGCACUUCCGGUUGCUGUGUCUGAUCCGUGAUGGCUGCGAUGUUUACGUGUUGUCUGGGCUGCUGUGGCGAUGCUGGUUCGGGGCAUAUUCCCUUAAAAGAAAUGCCCACGGUUCAGUUAGACACUCAUCACAUGGGCACAGAUGUUGUUAUUGUCAAAAGUGGUCGGCGGAUAUGUGGAACUGGAGGGUGUUUGGCCAAUGCCCCUUUGCACCAAAAUAAGAGUUACUUUGAAUUCAAGAUUCAGUCCACAGGUGUGUGGGGAAUUGGUGUGGCUACUCAAAAGGUAAAUCUUAACCAAGUGCCUUUAGGCAGAGACAUUAACAGCCUAGUCUUGAGGCACGAUGGCUCUGUAUACCACAAUAAUGAAGAGAAAAACAGACUGCCGGCAAACAGUAUUCCACAAGAGGGUGACAUUGUGGGAGUCACAUAUGACCAUGUGGAACUGAACUUAUAUCUGAAUGGAAAGAACAUGCAGUGUCCUUCCUCAGGCAUUCGAGGCACUGUAUAUCCUGUCAUUUAUGUGGAUGACAGUGCCAUCUUGGAUUGCCAGUUCAGUGACUUCUAUCAUACACCACCACAAGGAUUUGAGAAGAUCCUAUUUGAACAACAGAUUUUCUGAAAACUGUAUUACAAAGCUUGUAUUUCUCUUUAAAUGUUUUGUCCAUCAUAAAGAAACCUAUGAAUGUUUGAUAUUAAUGGUCAACUCAAAACAUUGAUCAAAUCUUAUGUGACUCCAGUGGCUUCUCUUACCCCAUAUUGUAUGUUUAACUUGCUGCUUUUCUUGGUGUCUCCUUCAUAAACAACACUACUGCUCACUUGAACACCAAGUUAAAAUGACAGUGAUUCUUGUAAACCUAUUACCAGAUAUUUUUCAUUGGCCUCCUCGGAAACUUAAGCACUUUCAUUUAGUUGCAGCUGAUUCAUUCAUGUAAGGUUGCGGGAAAGCCUAAUUGCAAUGAUAUCAAACGUUAUGUUAGAACAAGCCAUGUGUCAGGUAUACCAUUGAAUUUUUUUCAUGACAAAAUUGCAUCUUUAUAUAUUUAUAUCAGUCUGUUUAUUUAUAUUUGUUGGAUUUAAUUUGAUUGCAGUGAUAAGCUGCUUACAUUAUUGCAGACAAAUACUGUAUACUUUGCCUUAUUAAUUCUUUCAUUCUUUUAUUAAUAUCUUUCAGUUAAAAAAAAAAUCAUGUUGAUUACAUUUGACAUUUUUAACAGUUAAUCUGAAUGGCACAGUCUAUUCUCCAAUGUAUCAUAUUUUAACAACUAUUUCAAAUGUGUGUCUUUGAUUGCACUAAUGUCAGUAUAAAAGUAAAACCAAAUAUUGCUGGGUUAAAUAAACCAUUCGCACAUUGUCUA